AUGGUCGCCGUCGUGGUCAGGACCCCCAUCCACAAGGAGCUCGCGAUGCCCGUCAUCGACGCCGGCAAGUCGCUCUUCGUCGAGUGGCCCGCAGGGCGCGGCCUGAAGGAGACGAGCGAGCUGGCCGCGGCGGCGAAGAAGCAGGGGAUCAGGGCCAUGGUCGGCAUGCAGGGAAGACAGAGCCCCGUCGUCAACAAGGUCAAGUCCAUCAUCGAAUCAGGCGAGAUCGGCGCCGUGCUCUCGACCUCAGUGAUGGCCCGCUGCCCUUGCGAGCCGCUCUUCGCGUGGGGCCCCCACGUCGCCGAGCGCACCCAGUACACCGCCGACGCCGCCGAGGGCGCGUCGUUCCUAGCCGUCAGCGUCGGCCACUUCCUCGACCUGUUCACCUACACGCUCGGGCCCUUCGCCUCCGUCAGCGCCACCAUCGUGAACCAGUUCCCCACCGCGGAGCUCGUCGACCCGGCCGGCAAGCCCAUCAGCAAGCAGGUCGCCCAGACGAGCUCCAACCAGGUCGCCUUUGCCGGCACGCUCAAGCGCGGCACCGUCGUGUCCAUGCACUGGCGCGGAGGCCUGCCGGCCACGCCCAAGCCCGACCUCCCCUUCGUGUGGACCAUCGACGGGGAGAAGGGCUCCAUCCGCAUCCAGGGCGACCUGCCCUACAUCCACAUCAUCGAGCCGAAGCUCUACUUGAAUGGCGAGGAGGUUGUCCCGGAGCAGGACGGCCUGACGAACCCCGCCAGGGCAUGGGCGGAAUUCGCCAAGGGCCCGAGCGGCAGUUAUGCGACACUCGACGAUGCAGUGGCGAACAAGACGCUGCUGGCCGCCAUCGAACGGAGUGCAGAGGAAGGAAAGAGGAUCGACUUGUGA